AUGGCGGACGAUUUGGAUGCUGAGCUGCUCGCGUUGGCGGGUGACUCUGAGGAAGAAACAUCACCACCCCCCAAAUCACCAGCGCACUCUUCUUCUUCACACGCCCAAGAUCGAGAUACCUCACCUGCAGCCAUGGGUCGUAAAGGUACCGCAAAAUCGAUGGGCCGCCGAUCCCGCAAAACUACAAACGAUGAAUCGGAGGGCGAAGUGUCUGACGAUGGAUCUCGUCAUUCGCUUCAAUCUGCCGCCAUGUCUGAAUCCGAGUCAGAGGCCGACAACUCUGGCGAUGACGACGAAGAUCGCCCUAUUUUCCCAUAUGAUAAGCUCUACUACUCAGCCCAGGACAAAAAGGAUAUUAUGGCCAUGCCUGAAAUUCAGCGCGAGGAAACUUUGUCCGAACGUGCUCAGCAAGUUGAUCGCCACAAUCAGGAUCUGGCUCUACGCCGCCUUCUAGCAUCUCGCUCGCGCGAGGAAGCACGAGCGGCCAAAAAGGCAAAACGAAAGGCAGGUUCCGCCGGCUUGGAUGACAACCAGCGCAAGAGCUCGCGCCAGAAGACCACUCUCGGUGGCCGCAAAGUCGGAGAAACGUCCGGAGCCAUCGAGGCAUACAAGCGCCAGCGUGAACAGAAGGGAAAGCGAGAUGAACUCCGACGCCGAGAUCCUACAAAAUCGCGCCGCCGUUCGCGCUCGAUUGGAUCUGAUAUUUCCGAUGAAGAUGCUGAUGCCGAGAGUGAUCUUGAAUUGGAUGACCGCGUUGGCCGUCCGGUUUCCAUUCCCAAGGAUGACCCGCCCGCGGAGCUUCGAGAAAUUCGACGUGCUCAAGUUGGCCGUAACAACUUCGCCAAAGUCUGCUUCUACCCUGGAUUCGAGAAUGCUAUGAUAGGCUGCUACGCACGGUUGAGCAUUGGUCCGCACCCCGAGAGUGGCCAGAAUGAAUAUCGCCUAGGCCUGAUUACUGGAAUCUCUCAGGGCAAGCCAUACGCGUUGGAGGGCGAAAACGGUCGUUCAUUUGUCACGGAUCAGUAUGUCAAGCUAGCACAUGGAAAGUCUGUCAGGGACUUCCCAUUCGUCACUUUCUCAAAUUCUCCAAUUACUGAGGUUUGCUACUUCCCGCUCUCGAAUCUCAGAAGACAACUGACAGUCAACCAGUCCGAGUACCGCCGUUACGUCCAAACCCUCACUGUUGAAGACUGCAAGCUAGCUACAAAGGGCAAGGUUGAGUCGAAGGUCGCUGAUAUUAACCGUCUUCUCAACCACACAUUCACUCGUGAGGAGUUGAACGAGAAACUCCGUCGCCAGGGUGCUUUUGACCAGAAGAAGAAUGUACUCAAUCGUCUUGAACUGGAAAGAAAUCUGGAAUUCGCUAAAGUCAAUGGAGACAUGGAGGAGGCUGAGAAGAUUGAGGCAGAGCUGCAGAAAAUGGUCAAUCCGACUCUAUCCUGGGGAACAAGCCUUGUCAAGAAAGAAGUUGAUAGGGGUCCAUCGGAAGCCGAACGAGUCCACCAGAUCAACCUUCGCAACCAGAAGCUCAACAUCGAAAAUGGUCGUCGUGCUCAGCUCGAGGAGAGAAAGGCUGCUAAGAAGGCAGCCGAGGCUGUUGCCCGUGGAGAGGCGGCGCCGAAUCCCUUCAUGCGCGUCCGAACAGUGGCUAAAACUCACCACGAUGUCAGCGGCGCACCCAAGUCCGCUUCUGCUGCCGACGGCUUAAAAGAUACCCCGGAUAGCGCGAAAUCUAACGGUAGUCCUGCACAGAAGGGAACUCCCGCUCCUCGCAUCACCUCAAAGAAGCCCAAGAAUGGCUUCAUGAUUAGUUACCGCAACACCGAUGACGAGAACAUUGCCGCCCUGGAUAUGGAUAUCGAUAUCGAGAUCUGA